UCAAGUCUCAUACAAACAUGAUGCGUUCUAAUGUCGAAGAAUACAUGCUAGUAGCAAAAAUGGGACUGACAAAUUUGAAGACCGUAAUACAGUUACUAAAAGCUAUCAAUUUUAAGGAGACAGCCACUUGCCUGGGCAGUGAAAAUGGAUUAAAGAUUACAGUCGAAGACGCGAAAUGUAUGCAGGCUAGUGCAUAUAUCCCGUCCACGAUUUUUCACGAAUUUGAAUUGAAGGAGGAUGUUAUAUUUUCGAUAAGUUUAAGCAUAUUGGUAGAAUGCCUUUGUAUGUUCUGGCCCAGUUCGCAAGAAGAUUCAGUCACAGUGCAGAUAUUUUACAAAGGCACAGGCCAUCCUUUAAGCGUUAUCAUUGAAGAAGACGGUGUCAUAACAGACUGCUCUUUAAAAACUCUAGAAAUAGAUACAUUGUUGGACUUCCAUUUCGAGGCAAAGAACGUUUUGAACAAAGUAGUGUUGCAAACGGAAUUGCUGAAGGACAUCAUUGCCGAGUUAGAUCCAACUAGUGAUCUAGUCGAAUUGCGUUUAUCGCCGGAGAAACCGUACUUCCGAAUCAGCACGGAAGGUCUGGGCGGCGUUUGCCAUAUCGACUUGCCGCACGAUAGCGAUUUAGUGGAUACUUUCCAAUGCACGUUGACGGCGACGUCCAAUUUCAAAUUGGCGCACAUUAAGCCAGCGAUGCGUGCGUUGUCAUGCGCCAACAAGGUUUCCUUGAGAAUCGACACUGUCGGGAUAUUGUGUUUCCAAUACAUGGUCAAAACCGAAGACGGACACACCUGUUACAUCGAGUAUUACGUAAGGCUUUGCAUAACAAAAUACACGAGUGGUCCGAUAACGAAUUCCGUCGCAUCAAUGACGUAACAUUGACAUCCAGAUGCGGAGGGAUUUUUAAUCGUCAUAUCAUUGAGCGUGGUGUGUCCCGGCAUCGCGGUUGGUAUAAAAAUUUCGUACUUCACUUACAGAUAUCUUCGUUGAUAAAUAUAGACGACUAAGGCGGUAAAUGGCCAAGCAGUGAUAGCGUAAGCGAUAAAGUCGUAUCUCGUCGAAUCGAUAAACAAUUUUAGAGGCCUACUCGUAAAACAAAAUUGUAUCAAGAAUGAGUAAAUAUAUUUUAUACGAUUUUCACGAAUGCUUUCUUUCCUUUUUUUAUAAUAAUUCUUAUAGGUACCUCGGUUUAUUUUUUGUAAGACUCGGGAGAUGAAAGAAGAAUCGAAAGUUGUGAUGAAAAUAUUGUAUGUAUUUCUGCAAUCUUUAUUCGUAAAAAAAAAAGUUCAUAUGGCAAAUAUUAUUCGUACAAGUAAUGGAUAGCGUAGCUACCGUUGUGAAUGAAACAACUCACCAACGACGAUAUUACAUAUUUCAUUAUGUAACGCGCAAUACGAAAAACUCGUCCAAAAAAA